UGCAUUCAGAUGUAGAGUUGUGUUGGUGGAGGCCAUUCUUCAGACCUGUAUGGGUGGAUCUGGUGUUCACGUCGCAGAACCUGCUGCUUGCAAAUAUGUCCACCACGAUAAACACCUUCCACAGCAGCUUCAAUCCUCCACCGGUUCCUCCACGGCAAGGCCACCGAGGUGGACCAGCGCUGCCAUCAAACACACCUUUAGUCAAGUUCAUAUCGGUGCUGCUGCUUCUGCUAAUGAUACUGAUGUUUGGAGGGUUUAUCUACCUGUUCCAUAGAAUCAGCACGCUGCAGGACAGACGCAGUGAUAAUGAGAUAAGCGCACUAAAACAACUACAGCAGUGUGGUGAGAACAACCUAGCAUCUGAGGAUUUACAGUACUGCAGCCAUCUCAUGGGACUCUAUAAAAGUGUCCUAAAAAGGGUCUCUGAAGCUGAAGGAAGAGCGGCUUUGUUGACUGAAACUGGAUCCUUCACUAUACCUCAAGCAAGGUUGGUGUUAAGUGAACCUGAAGAGAAGGACCAUUCCAAUACCCUGGUGUGGAGCAAAUCCCUCUCUAUGCUGGAGAAGAUCACCCUCAGCAUUUCAGGAGUCCUGACCAUUCAGUACCCUGGAUAUUACCUGAUCCAGUCGCAAGUCGCCUUUUCCAAAGCACAUGAAAAAGCAUCACUCUAUCAAGCCAUAUGGACUCAAAAGGCAAAAGGAGAAAUGGCAAAUCAACUGCUUCAGUCCUAUUGCAGCUUACCUCGGGGCAGUGCAAUACCUGAUCUGUGCACUGCCUCACAGACAGGGGUGUUCAGACUUGAGAAGGGUCAGACACUGUUUGUCAAUGUAACUGACAAGAGCUUAGUGAACCGGCGCUCUACCACUUUUGGAUUGUUCAGGCUACAGGACUGAGUGCAGACUAACAACUAAGAGGAUCUACCAGCACAAGGCAAAGUGGAUAACUGAAUCCAUUUUCCAUUUGAAAGUAUUAGGAAAAAAAAAAACCAAAACAAAAGGAGGCUGGAACUUCUGGAGACAAGCUUCUUCCUUUAACUUACACCACAGUGCAAGCUCAGAGGAAAAUCUGACACAUCUGUAACUGCGGGAUUUGCAGGGAAACUGGAAUGUGUGACAUUUCAUAACCCUUUUCUAUAUGAAAAUUAGUCAGCAAUUGUGGUUUAAAGUAGUGAUGUAAAUCUCAUUUUGUUUUUUUUUAUAAUAUUCUCAAUUUAUACUACCAAAAAUAAUUUAUUAAUGUUGACUUUUAGCUACUGUCAUUGCAAUAUAUUUAUGAAGGGAAAAUCCAGCUUGUGGAGGCUACUAUGUAAUACCUUCUGUGUCAUUUUUACAUCAUGAUGAUUUAGCUGUAGAAUAGAAAGUGACACUACAUUUAAUAGAAGCUUGGUUAUCUCUGAUGAAUCUUCACUGAGAAUAAAUUGUUAUACGGUAAAAACAAAUAGAAUGUAUUUCAAGUAGAUGUCACAGUAAAACUUCAUGAUAAAUGUGCCACAGAGGGCAAGUAAGAUUUUGAAAUGGAAGUUCCCUCUCUCAAAAUAUGUAUUUAUAUUUUUGUAUUAAUACAAAUUUUUCUAAAUCAAAAUGCAAAAUUGUGUUUCUAUUC